AUGGCUGAAAAGACGCCAAUUCAAACAAAUCACGAGAGCUACAUGCUCAAGCCUCCCUUCUCUCCACAGCCCAUUCCACCAAACUCCAACGCAGAUGCGGAUAAUACUGAAUCAACAGCUGGGACCUUGAGUCAGAAUGAAACCACUCCUCUCAACAACACACAAUCUUUUCUCCAAUCAUCCACCAACCGGCCCUUAUCAGCUCUUGACUCCCUCCCUACCAUAACCGGGAAAAGCGACCACAUCAUCAGGCCCGAGUAUGAAAUCCCAGCUUUCCUCGCCUUUGAUCUCGACCUCGCUCGCCUAAACCGCAUUCAUGGCCACCUCUGGAUGGCCGGCCGUCCCAUGCGUGCCCGUCCUCUGCACCGCUACACAAUGCUCGGCAUGCAAGUCAUCCAGACCCAACAAAUGGACCUGCACCUCCUAAAAUUCAGCUCAAAACUCCUCAUCAAGCCCCUCCCUGAAUGGAUCCUCUGCCACAAAUUCUGGACCGACUGGAUCUGCACCCACGAUUCCUGCCCCUCCUCCUCUGACGAUGGCAAACGCGAACAAGGCUGGCUCUGGAAAAGCGCUGCCGGUUUCCUCGUUAGCUACGUCUGGCUAGUUACUACACCUCUUGACCUCAAGAUCGCGCAUGAGAAUUCCUUACUUCCGACGUUUGUAACUUGGCAUUGGUGGAAGGCCUUUGUUAGCGAUUUCAUCGCCCAUGUGGAUAUUGACACGCUGCAUCAGGUGAAUAAGAGGUAUCAGUUUGGGGAUUUGAGGCUCGGUAGGAUCAAUACGACGUAUCGGGUAAGAUAUGCGCAUACGCAUUUUGUGAGGGGGUAUCUAUGGGGCUACAACCGCUACGUCAUCUUCUUCCAGCGGAAAUUCUCCUGGGUCCUUAUCGUCUUCGUUUUCUUCUCCGUCGUGCUAUCGGCCAUGGAAGUUAGUUUCUCGCUUCCAUCCACAUCGCCCGUUUCGCUCGAAAACGAUCAAGCAUUCGUCCAAGCAGCGUUUGUGUUUGUCGUCUUCAGCAUGAUUAGUGUGCUUGUUAUCUUGGCGUUUGUGGUUGUGAUUUUCGUCGGCACGUUUGCGUUUAAUAUGGUCAUGGCGAUUUCGCAUGCAGGGAGCGAGCAGAGGAAGAGGAGGGAGUUGGCGGAGAAGAGGAGGCAGGCGCUGGAGAAUGGAGGAGAGUCGUAG